GGCUCAAACCGCAGUCUUCAGCUGACACGUCCUGAGAAUGUCCCCGAAGGAUUUAUCACUUUUGUUUGCACUUUUUAGACAAUAAACUUAAAAGACAACUCCUCAAAACAUCUAUGAAGAACUUAAGGAUAUUACUUUACUAAAAACACACGUGUUGACGACUGAAUAGUCCAUAAGCAGACGCCAUGCCGACCCUAUCCGCCGACAGCGAGCUGGUCCUGGGCGGCGCUCCCAGCUCCCCCCUGGACCACAGCAGCCCUCGCAGACUGUCCUGGGGCAAGUUAGUCCAGAGACUGGCAGACUUCAGCGGGAGUGUGGAGUCCAACAGCGGGAGCAGGAGUGACCUCUCCGACUCAGGUUCGGACACGUCUGGCGACUUGAGCCCGAGCGACGACCUGUUCUUCGACCCGAUGGAGGAGCACUUACUCAAGGACGUGGUGGAUCUCAUCGCGUCCAGUUUACGCGACGCCAAAGACUCGGACACUGCGUUAAGAUGCAGUAAACUCCUCAUCCCCGAGAAGCUCUUACAACACAUCGGUCAAGAGCUCCUGCACUUGGCCGCCAGCGAGCCGUGCGGCCUUCGGGGGGCGCUCAUCGACGUCUGCAUCGAACAAGGAGACGGCUACGAGAGCGUUUCGCAGUUGUCCGUAGAUCCUUACCUCGUCCCCACGUUCCAACUGACUCUCGUGCUGCGGCUCGAAACUAGCGGGAUAUGGCCGAAAAUACAAGGACUUUUUAGCCCCAAAUCUCCGCUUGCGCCCGUAAUAAGGCAAGAGGUCAAACUGAGCACUGGUUUUAGGGUGAUUAAGAAGAAACUGUACUGCUCCGAAGGGCUGCUAAUCGAAGAGUGUUAGAGAUGUGAAGAGGCAGCCAUCUUGGACCACAGAAGAUCAACGGCCUUAUCCAGACCCGUCCCACGACUCGACGCACUUCAACAAAGAUUUAAACUAUUUAUUUUUUAAACUUUAAUACUGCAGACAUGGAUAAAAUGACUGAGAUUGCAGUAGCAUCCCAUUCAAAUUUUAAAACAAACUCUACCAUAAAUGGAUCAUUUUUAAGCCAGUUUUGUUUUUUCAAACUGAACCUCACAUUCCUAAAGGUUUUGGACGUCCGUUUGACGUCUGUGUUAAAUUUCUCAUCAAAUUUCACUUAUUUCAACACAAAUUUACAUUGUAAAGAAAGAAAACGCCAAAUCUCUUAUAUUAAAUUUAUUACAUUUUAAAUAAGUUUAUUUGCAAAGUUUUAAACUGGGACAAUAUUCACCAAAAAUGACCUUAUUCCUCGAUUCAUGCUAAAAAAUUCAACUUUUUUUUCCAAUAUAAAAACUUCAGAAUGAUUAACAAUUUCUUCAAUUUACUGAUGUAUCGAUUUCACUUUAUAUCAAAUGAAAAAUUUUGAUUCCUGGUAAAAUUUGGAACAAUAUUGACCAAAAAAACUUUUGUACCAGAUUCAUAGCACAAAAUUCUACCUUUUUCCCCCAAAUUGCAUCAACUUUUUCAAAAUGUGGUACUAAAUGGGUCAAAUGUUCUGUCAUUAUUAUUAUUACUGCCUUUUUUAAGCCGGUACAAAGAUCACACUGCAGCACAUGACACCACUGUGUAACUCUGUGUGAAAAGGACCUUGUUUUGAUUAGAAAACAGGCAGCUAAAGCUACGUUGCUAAAGCUACAUUGCUAAAGCUACGUUGCUAAAGCUACAUUGCUAACAAGCUAAAGCUACGUUGCUAACUAGUGCAUUCUUGUUGUUUUGCUGAAAUCUUACGCCACAUUGUACAAAAAAACCUUGAACAUGUAUUUAAGUUGAAAAUAUCUGGACUUGAAGUAUUUGAAGGUGGAACUGUACACUACAGCUUGGAUAUUUGUGCGAGCGAGUACUUCAUCCGUAUGUACUUCAUGUAUUUAUUUGACAUUCAAAUACUCAUUACCAUUGCACUGUUUUUAUAUUUUCAUGACGAAGAAUAAAUUAUUUUUUUAAUCAAAGAAUAA